UCGGAACUCCGCACUCUCCUCCUUCCUGUACACGUCGCUCUACGAAUACUGUGACGUAUGCAUUAGCCGGGCAACCACUGGAAUAUAGCAUCGAGUUAAACCAUGGAGACUCUCUUCAGCCUACCGUUUGCUGUACUUGAAUGCCCGAAUAUCAAACUUAAAAAACCAUCAUGGCUACAUAUGCCUUCUGCAAUGACCGUAUAUGCCGUCGUGAUUGUUUCAUAUUUUCUCAUCACCGGUGGCAUCAUAUACGAUGUGAUCGUUGAACCUCCGAGUGUCGGAUCAAUGACAGAUGAACACGGACAUCAGCGGCCAGUGGCCUUCCUGGCGUACAGGUAAAUGGUUUUCGUUUGAUACAGACAGUCAACGUAAAAAUCAAUAUUAGGAAUGUGCAUCUCCAUAACUGAGGCCGAUGCGAUACGCUUCUCGAUGCAGCCAACGAUACUAUACAUUAAAGAUACAUAUGAAGCAGCUUGCGAUGCGAUACGAUUCACCCCAUCGAUGCAGUGCGAUCCGAUAUUUCGAUUCGAUUCAAUGCAAUACGAUGCAAUACAAAAAAAAUAUGAUGCUAUACAGGUCAAUAUGUAGGGCUCUAAACUUAGUUUCUUCUCAUUCUGUUUUUUUUUUUUUUUUUUCCAAAUUAAUGUUAAAAUUAAACCAUGGAUGAAAGAUUUUGUGAUUACUCAUUCAAAAAUAAAGUCUUGAAUAUUUUAUUAUAAUUAUUUUUGGUAGUAGUAGUAGUAAUACAUUACAUUAUACCAUACAAUAAUAAUACAAUAGUAGUAUUAAGUACUACAAUAGAAAUAGGGCUAUAUUUUCUCAAAUUAAAUGGUAAAAUGCUCAUGAAGUGACUCUCACAGCAGCUCUGGAGAUGAAGUUUGUAUUCAUGAUGUCAUAUAGUCAGAUGAAAACACUGGAAAAAAUGCCACAAGUGUCAUGAUUGCUUCAGUAUGUGUAAACAUUCGCGCGUCUGCGCCAUUCACGCAGAAGAUGUAGAAAUCAUAUUCAAAUAGUCUUUUUGCAGUGUAAUAUUCACAGACACUAGUCCAUAUCAUAGCACCCUGGAUAUGGUACAGAUAGUUUGCUUUUAUUUCUUUGGUUCAGACAGUCAGCAAAUCAUAAAUUAACUUAAGUGCCCUCUAACACAUGGCCCUUUCACAAACAUUGUAAUGCAAUGUUAAUCUAUAUUCUAUAUCAAGGGUUCCCAAUCUUUUCAGCCCACGACCCCCAAAAUAACAAUGCCAGUGACUCGCGACCCCCACUAUCCUCGGAGAUGGUUAAAGUAUAGAAACAUUGUGCACAAUAGCGCAUGCGCACACACACUAACGCCUGUUUCACACAUACUCUGUUUGCAGUUUGCUUUUUUUUUUUUCUGUGCCCAUAUGAAUGGAUUAGAGCGUUCACACUACACGCGGAUGCGGUCCAGCAGUGCAUUCCAGGAGUGGUGCAGCGAUCGUUUCCACGCCGAGUCUAUUUUUGCUGCGCUGCACAGCGCUAAAUUAAAACGAUAGCGCAUUGUUCGCAUUAAAAUAAACAUGUAUUGACAUGAAAAAACUAGUAAUGUCACCAUAGAUGCAUAUAAGUCUCUGUUACACAGUUUACACACGGCUUUUUUGCCUCGGGUAAAGCAAGGAAAAUGGCACCUUACCAGGCAUUUAGGUGAACAAGGAGACAUAAACGAUAGCACUCGUCUCUUCAUGAAGGUGGAAAAACAAAGUUCUUUGAACUGAGGGACAGUAAAAAUCUAUUACUUUAUAUAAAUAUAAAGUAAUGUUACGGCCAGCUCGUUUCUAGCCACAACAUAAAAAAGGAUGACACACCACCUGCAAUCAAUACAAAUUAAUUUAUUGAUUUUACAAACAUAAUAAUCACAAAUAACAAAAGUCUAGGGAAAAAUAAAGUGUCAAAGAAAAUAACAAAAUAACAAUAACAAAAUCUUAAAGCUACAAGAUAUAAGAUAUAAGAAAUGUAUUACUAAAGAAAAAAAAAGAGAGAGAAACAUCAAGAGCAGCUCCUGGGAGAACCACCCCACCAAGAGAGCUGACUUCAACGAUCAACCCUGAGUCCUUAUAUAGUCUACACCCCUAAUCAUUAAUUAUAUAGUCUACACCCCUAAUCAUUAUCAAUUAAUUAAUCAGAAUUGACACAGAACUCCAAAGGUCUGCCACCAACAGGUAAGGAGAAUGCUCAGGGUCGUCACAGUAAUGAAAUGAAUAAAACGUUUAAAUGUAGUGCGUUUAAACGUGACAUCUAAGAGAAUCGUAAUGCUGCCACGCCAUGUUCAGUAACAACUUUUGGAUUUGAAAUAAAAUUAAGUAAAUGUUGUGUUUGUGAUAUACAGCCAUGGAUUAGUUGCGCACUGCAAACUCGGCAUGUGUGAAAGCACAAUGGCGCAUGUUGCAUAUUAUGUACUGCAAAGGCAUGACAGUGGUGCUUCUCCGCUCUCCUCCGCUGGCCUCCCUGUGUUGUCUUUUUUGGUCUAUAUUAACCAAUGUUUAAUUUCAACAAAAAUAAUAUCCAGAGCUUAAAGGCUAAAGAAUUACCUAUGUGCACAUGUCUGAAUUUUUAACAUUGUGCUGUAAACUGACCUGCUGCAACUAAUGCUGUUACUAAUAUGUUGUUAAUCUGUCAUAAUCACCUCAGGAGUCACGGUUGAGGGGAAGGAAAAUCGAAAGGUUGAUGGCUUUUUUAUUUGCAUGGUUUAACUACUAUUUUUAGUAUUUUGUUGCAGUUAUUGAUAAAAUAUGCCAUUUCUAAUCGUUUAAAAAAAUUUUUUUUUUUGAUUUCUGGAAAUCAUCUUGCGACCACUCCCUCGCUGUCUCACGACCCCCACUUUGGGAACCACUGUUCUAUGUGACUCUCAGGACAUGCCUCGGUUUCCGUAAAGGGGGUCGCACACCAGACGAGAAGCUCAGUGCCGCGCCACGUUUUUAAAAUUCGAACGCAUUGUUUUCUAUGAGUGUAUGCACACAUGCGACGCCAUUCAGCUGGAUUUAAGGCCCGGGUACACUUCACUUUCCGCGCCCGGACAUGUCUCGCACAUCUUUCAAAGUAUAGAGACAGAGCGCAUUUAGGCCAUGCCCACACCGGGCGGGAAAACAAUCCAACCAUCUCCAUUGACUUUGUAUUGCGUGAGGCUGCUUCUUUGUCAUUUCUGACUUAUAACAAAAAAACAGAACAAUGUCUAAAAGCUGCUAUGUGACAAGGUGUACAGAAAACAAGCUAAAAAACCCAGAACUAAGUUUUUAUAAGCUACCGAACCGCAAAAGCCAGCCUUUAAGGAGACAAAAGUGGAUACAGGCAAUAAGACGUGAAGCAUCAGCAGGAAGAAUGGGUACAUUUUGGGAUCCUGACAUUCAGUAUGCCUCAGAAAGCCUAUGUGUGCAGUAAACAUUUUGUCACUGUUAAGUCAAAUAUCACUGUUAAGUCAAAUAUUUUAUAUAUUAUAUUUCCUGUCGCUGAUUGUUACCCUCCAGUGGGCGUAUUUCUCAUAGUAAUAUAACAUGUCGUGCUCUGUCUCAAUUGCCUGUAUCCAAUUUUUAGUCCUUAAACGCUUGUUUGAGUCAACAGCUUAUAAAAACUUAUGGGUUUUUGGUUCUGGGUUUUUUUUUUUUUCUUGUUUUUUUUUUUUUUUUGCUUGUUUUCUGUACACCUUGUCACA